AUGAAGGCUGAUUACCACCAGCAGAAACUAUCUCCUCCUGAGGCUCAAUGUGCGUACGUCCUAAUAGUGACUGCAGUCUAUUGGGUUUCUGAGGCCGUUCCACUUGGUGCAGCAGCAAUGGUACCUGCCUUCCUCUUCCCAUUGUUUGGAGUCUUGAAAGCCAGUGAAGUUGCUUCAGAAUACUUCAAGGACACUACGUUACUGCUGAUUGGUGUCAUCUGCCUGGCUGCUUCCAUUGAGAAGUGGAACUUGCACAAGAGGAUUGCCCUCCGUAUGGUGAUGUUAGCAGGUGCCAAACCGGGAAUGUUGGUGCUUGGCUUCAUGUGCUGUACCGUGUUCUUGUCCAUGUGGCUCAGUAACACCUCCACUACUGCUAUGGUGAUGCCGAUUGCAGAAGCUGUGCUGCAGCAGCUCAUCAACACCAGCCUAGAAUCUGAUGCCGAAUUAACUGUAAUCACGGACACAGACAGUGUAGAAGAUGCCUACACUAGUUCAGGCUCCCAAAAAUAUGAAGAUGAGAAUGAGAAAAAACAGCUGGAGCUAAUCUACCUUAAAGAAAAUGCAGCAAAGAAGAACCAACCUGACCAGGAUAUGCUGUCUGAACCAGAGGAACAGAACCAGAUUCAGCCCAGUAAAGAAUACAGCAGUAAAUACAAAACCAAGCAUGACCACAUGAUCUGCAAGUGUCUGUCAUUGAGCAUCACUUAUGCUGCCACAAUUGGAGGCCUCAUGACAAUCACGGGAACCUCAACCAACCUCAUCUUUGCUGAACAAUUCAACAACCGUUACCCAGAUUCCCGAUCUAUCAACUUUGGAACCUGGUUUGUUUUUAGUUUUCCUAUUGCUAUCAUCAUGUUGGUGCUGACCUGGAUCUGGAUGCAUUGGCUCUUCUUGGGAUGCAAUUUUAAGGAAACAUGUUCCCUGAGCAAAAAGAGGAAGACAAAACGUGAGGAAAUGUCUGAAAGGAGAAUUCAAGAGGAGUAUGAAAAAUUGGGGCCAUUCAGCUACCCGGAAAUGGUGACUGGAAUUUUCUUUGUGCUGAUGACAUUAUUAUGGUUUACGCGGGAGCCAGGAUUUGUUCCAGGGUGGACAUCACUCUUUGAGAGAAAAGGCUAUAGAACAGACGCCACUGUUUCCAUCUUCCUGGGGUUCCUUCUAUUCUUGAUUCCUGCUAAGAAACCAUCAUUCCCUUGUUUUGGAAAAAUGAACAAUGAUGUAGAAAGUGCGAAGGACUCAAAGAAUUUGAAUGUCUCAAAGGACCCCAACCCAUUGGCACCACUGAUAAACUGGAAAGACUUUCAAAAGCACAUGCCAUGGGAGAUUGUCAUCCUUGUGGGAGGGGGAUAUGCCUUGGCUGCAGGCUGCAAGGUGUCUGGCUUAUCAGAUUGGAUUGGGCGUCAGAUGGAACCAAUGAGUAACCUCCCUCCAUGGGCUGUAACAUUAAUUGCCUGCCUCUUAGUGUCAGUUGUCACUGAAUUUGCGAGUAAUCCAGCUACCAUCACAGUUUUCCUACCUAUUCUUUCCACACUGUCUGAAACUCUACAGAUUAAUCCCUUAUACACAUUGAUACCAGCCACAAUGUGUGUGUCCUUUGCCGUGAUGCUGCCUGUUGGUAAUCCACCAAAUGCCAUCGUCUUCAGCUAUGGACAUUGCCAGAUUCAGGACAUGGUGAAAGCUGGGUUCGGAGUGAAUGUGAUCGGGGUGGUUGCUGUGAUGCUGGCUAUCACCACCUGGGGAUUUCCUCUAUUCCAACUUGAUCAAUUCCCUGACUGGGUUUCUGCAAGCAACAUAACUGGAGGUCUUUAAUCAGGGAUCACAGAGCAAGAGACACAUGGAGAGUGCACAAAAGAUGGAAACCAGCCUGCAAAUCAUUUGAUCAGUGAUGACCUAUUACAGCAGGGAUGAGAAUCCAGCAAGAAUUAUUACUCAGAUUGCGCACUACUAAGGAGUGCAGAACAUAGAUUUGCACACCCCCCUCCACCUCCUCUCACUUGGCAGCUUCAAUAUCGGGAGCAUUCGUUAAUCCUUUUAAGGACUGUUGCAGCUUUUUUGUUUCCACCUUUGGGAAAAUUUUGGGGCAUGGGAUUUCAAAGUUUUCAAAAAUUGUUUCCUCCUUCUAAUUCUUUCAAUGGUGGUGGCUCAUGUAAGAACUCCGUUCCACAGGCUUCAGCUCCUCCCUCAAGAGACCAUUUGUCACAUGUGAGCCAAGGCAAGGGGGCAAGCUUUUUGAUUGCAUAAGACAUCACAGUCAAGCCUAAUCAUAUCCUCACUCAGCGGUCUUUUCAACAGGGAUCAUGUAAUAGCAAUCAGGAGCAGGAACUCUGGACAUUUUUUUCCUUUCUAAUCUUGGGACACAGGCUGAUUGCAACAUUUCCACCACUGCUUCAAAGCUGCCCUCUGCAUAGGCUGGGGUUUGUAUAUGGGACAUUCCUAGUCUGUCUGAUUCCUUGUAUCACAGCUUGCUGCCCCUUUCAAAGGAGCAGGUGGCUUUGAUUUACAAUGGAUGAAGCAGUUAAUUUUGUACAGUUCAAGAGCUGUAACCACUGUGGGCACAGAUCCUUGGAGCAAUUUAUAUCUGUAUGUGUAUGUCAACCUAAGAUGCACGUAGGAAACAUUCCACUGCUGAUCCAGGAGUGUUUGGAAUAGCACUGGAUGCAUAGCUCAGAAAUAUCCCUUUCUCCCAGUGCAACCACCGUAUCAUGUGCAGACAGUUUCACCGCGCACACUGUACUCUGGCCUAACACUGAGUUCAGAUGUCUCUUUUAUCAAAAGGAGGUACUGUUAUUGUCUCAAUAGGUGGAUACUGUCUGAGGGUAGAUUCUGUCUGGGGACAACUCCAUUCUGAAAAUCCUUCAGGAAGAUUGUGCCAUGGCAGGUCCCGUAUCUGCUGGAAAGCCAAGAUUACAGUGUUUUUUUUUUAAAUCUUUGUUUUUAACUCCGACUAAAGAGAAAACUAAUAAACUUGUAGCAUAAGAUG